CCGAAGUCCGAACUCGAUUUUGGGCCGUGAAGCACGGGUUGGAUCUGGCCUCGCUCCACUUCUGGUUCUGGUUUCAUAAAUGUUGUAGUCUUGUAGUUGUAGACACACCGGGGAGUUUUAGGAAUUUGGUUCAUUUUUCCCGGCAAACAAUCCAACUAAAUCCGUCAAACAGUUCAUCGCCACUGGCCCGGCGCCGUGUGAUUGGACCGUUAGUUCCCGCCUCGCCAUGGUCACUAAGCUGUUUUUUACAUCACAUUUAAUUCCACUCUCCAUUUCCUCUGCAAAUCGUUUCUUUAGAAAUCCUUCACUUUCAAAACCCCGUCUUUUCCCUCUCUUUUGCACCAUUUCUUCAACCCUAGACUUGCCCCCAGAGCGAGAACCCCCAUAUGGACCCUCUCUUUACAAGGGCAGAAAAGCAUGUCAUCAACAGCCAGCAGGAAAGCAACAACGACAACACGGCACAUCUCAAUCUCCUGGAGAAAACUUCCAGGAAGACGAUGCUGGAAGUGGAGAAGAAGAAAGUAUAGUCGACAGGGAGAGCUUCUCUCGAGUUUUCGACAUUGCUGCCCUUAGGGUCCCUGCAGAAGAAUGUUUUUCGCUUGAGAACCGAUUAAGAGGCCACCUCUUGAACUGGCCUCGCGUCCGGAACAUCGCAAGGGUUCCUGGCGAUGAAAUGGAGGAUGAAUUCAAAAAGAUUCUGCAAGAAAAAACUGAGGAUGUUGAAGAAAGCUUCGCUGCAUUGACCCGGCGUAUCUAUGGGAAAGCCGAAGGGGAUGGCGAGCCUUUGAGCCCGGUUUUGUACCGGGACAGGCUUUCAAGGACGUUCAACUCCAGUGGCUUUAUAAAAUUUAGGAACCUUGCUAAGAUUUCUAGACCAAGGAAGAAGAAAAAGAUGGUGAGAGAAGAGGGAGAGGGCUUGGAGAGAGAUAAGAGAAUUAGGAAGAAUGAUUUUGUUGUGGUUGAAGUUGUCGAAGACAGAGAUGAAGGUGAAGAUAUGAGUGGGUUGCUCGGAGAUGAUUUUAAAAGAGGCAGUUGGAGAGGUUCCACAAGGUUACUGCUGCUUGACGAGCGUUAUGCCAAUAAAGACGUGGAAGAGCUUCCCGUGGCCGUCAAGCUGCCUGAAAAUCAGAAUGAUAAUGCCGACAUGGUUGACCAGUGGAAGGAGCAUAUCUUUAGUUUUUUACGACUGUCCAUAUUUAGCUUUUCAAUGGGAGAGGAUGUGUUAAAAGUAGAUAGUAGGCAAAGUGCAUCAGCAUGUGAGCUUGUGCAAUGCAAGAUGACCUUGUUUUAUAAUUAUUGGCAAACGAAUGAGAUUUUGGAGGCUUUGCUACCAAAAGGUAUGAUUGUUCCAACUGCUUUUGAAACAGUAGGACAUAUUGCACACCUGAACCUGAGAGAUGACCAUCUACCUUACAAGAAACUUAUUGCACAGGUAGUAUUGGAUAAAAACAAACCAAAAAUUCAAACUGUUGUCAACAAGGUUGAUGCCAUUCACAAUGACUAUAGGACGAUGCAACUUGAGGUUCUGGCAGGCAAUCAUUCCCUUGUAACUACUGUAAUUGAGAACGGAAUUCGUUUUCAUGUUGAUUUAGCGACAGUAUACUGGAAUUCAAGGCUAGCAACAGAAAGACAAAGGCUUAUCAGCUUCUUUACAGCAAAAGAUGUUGUAUGUGAUGUGUUCUCUGGGGUUGGUCCGAUAGCUAUAUCUGCAGCAAAGAAAGUAAAGCGUGUAUAUGCUAAUGAUUUAAACCCUUCAGCAGUUGAAUAUCUUGAAAGAAAUAGUGUCCUCAACAAACUUGAGAGAAAAAUUGAGGUAUUUAAUAUGGAUGGUAGAAGGUUCAUCACUUCUAUUUUUACAAGUAAUAAGGUUGAAUCUAUCACACAAGUGGUUAUGAAUUUGCCAAAUGAUGCUGCAGAGUAUCUAGAUGCAUUCAGGGGUAUAUUUAGAAGACGGUCUAAGGACAAAGAAUCCGCCUUGCCAAUGAUUCAUGUUUACGGAUUCUCCAAAGCUCAAGAUCCUGAAUUUGACUUUGACGAGCGGAUAAAAGCUGCGCUUUUGGAGGAAGCUGUUGAGGCUGAAAUGCAUAGGGUUCGGCUUGUUGCACCUGGAAAAUGGAUGCUUUGUGCAUCCUUUAUCCUUCCAGAGAGAGUGGCAUUUGCAAAAGAAUGUUGAAUACUCAAACAAAACCAGGGUUGGUGGAGGUUGAGGGUGAUAUGAAUUAUGGGGAAAUAUAGUGAGGGUUGGAAUUGUGGUUCAAACAAGUUUUAUCCUACUUUUUUUCAUAGUUGUAUCCUAUUAAUAUUAUCUUCCCUUUUAGAUGAUUGUGCUGUGCUGUGCUGUGCUGUGUACAAGUGGAAAGCUCAUUAUACAGGAUUUGCAUGCCACAUAACAAGAGCUUUGCUUCAUAGAAUUAUAAAUUUUCUGUUACACUA